AUGAGUGAGGUGGCGGUCACCAUCCCACCGCGAGGAGGUCGCGGACGAGGUCGCGGACGAGGUCGCGGACGAGGUCGCAGUCGAGGUCGCGGACGAGGACGAGGUCGAGGUCGCAGCCCACCCCACGUCUCCACAGAGCUGGAACAGCUGCGGUACCCGGCUCUGGUCCCGGUGGUCAUGGGCUUUUUGACCUUAACCUCUUCCUCCACGUGGUUUAAAUAUGUGUCCAUACUGGUGGUCCUCCUCAACUGCAUGAGUCUGGGCAUGUCCCAGCCCGGUCACGAGAGAAGCUACAUGCUCGGGAUUGUGGAUACUUUUGUUGUGGCAUUUUUUGUCAUCGAAAUGCUCAUCAAGGUGUUGGCCAUGGGAGGCUAUGGACACCCAGGGAGUUACCUAGAUAACCACUGGAAUAAGUUUGAACUGCUCAUCAACGCUGGAGAGUUGCUUAGCUACUCCGUGGAACAGUUCGGCAUCGACAUGCAGAUCUGUCAAGUGCUCGGGCCGAUGCGGCUGAUCAGCAGAGUAACGAGUCUGCGUGAGGUGAUGACCGUGCUCAUCGACAUCUUUCCCGUGGUCAGGAACGUUCUCUUCCUCUACAUGUUUGUCAUCCACAUCUUUGGGGUGAUGGGAAUCCAGCUGUGGGCCGGGAAGCUGCGCAACCGCUGCUUCCUUGGAGAGAACAUUUCCACAGCAUACAACGUGUCCUUGGAUCCCUACUACACGACCAAGUACGACGACCAGUAUCCGUUCAUCUGCUCCCUGGACAACAUGAACGGAGUGAGCCGCUGCCACAACUUGCCGCCGCUCAAAGAAAACGGCCAAACGUGCUCUUUGACUCCUCCCCACUAUGCGCCGGGUGUGUUGGGCCCCACAGUGCCGGGGGCCGCUGCUAACGCCUGCAUUAACUGGAACGUACUCUAUAACGUCUGUCGUGCCGGGGACCAAAACCCGAGCAGGGGAGCCAUCAACUUUGACAACAUUGGCUUCGCCUGGAUAGCCAUGUUCCAGGUCAUCACACUGGAAGGAUGGUCGAACAUCAUGUUUUAUGUCAUGGAUGCGUAUUCCUUCUGGAGUUUUCUCUUUUUUAUCUUCAUCACCAUUAUGGGCUCCUUCAUCAUGAUGAAUGUGUGCGCGGUCAUCAUCGGCGCCCAGUUCUCGGACAACUUGUCCGAGAUGAUUACGAAGCAGAACGAAAGGAGAGCCGCAGAAGCCGCGUUCAUCAGAGGGCUCUACUUGAAGCUAACCGGCUGCCUGGAAGGAAUCAGACGCAAGUCCAGAAGAGCAGGAAAUAACAGGGUGCAUUGUGAGGGCGGCGCCAGCGGGACGAAUGACUCAAUGAUCAGCAUUGUGUGGAGACCAUUCCGCAUCUGGCUGAACAGAGUCGUCGAAAAUACGCUCUUCGACCGAGUCAUCAUGUUCGCUGUUUUGCUCAGCAUCCUCACCAUGGCGACAGAGUAUCACGACCAGCCGAAAGAGCUGACGUACCUGUUGGAGAUCAGUAACCUGGUCUUCACCAUGAUCUUUGUGGUGGAGAUGGUGAUCAAGCUGGUGGCUCUCGGAUUAAUGUACUUCAAGGACAAAGACAACAUAUUUGACUUUGUUAUCGUCAUCAUCAGCCUGUGGGAGACGGUGACGAAAGCAAAUGGCAGGUUGUCAGUCCUCCGAGUAUUUCGUCUGCUGCGGUUUGGGAGGCUGCUCCACUACCUCCCUCAUCUGAGGAAACAACUGCUGGUGCUGAAGAGGGCCAUGAAGGAGGCAUCUUCACUCUGCUUGAUAAUGCUGUUCAUCAUCUUCAUUUUCAGUCUCAUCGGCAGGCACCUGUUCGCCAAUCAGAUUAACAUCAAGAUUAUCAGAGAGCCUGACAGAAAAAGCUUUGACACGCUGCUCUGGUCCAUGGUCACUGUGUUCCAGGUUCUGACUGAGGAGGACUGGAACCUGGUGCUGUACAACAUCAUGGCGGCCACCUCUCCAUGGGCCUCCAUCUACUUUGUGGCGAUCAUUGUGACGGGAAAGCACAUCCUUCUCAACAUCCUCGUGGGCAUCGUCAUUGAGGGCUUUCAGAAACAACGCUCCAAAGACAAAUCCUCCAAUCCAGACUUCCCUCAGUCUGCCGACGUGACCUCUGAACCCCCUGUGUCCCCCGAAGAAGGUCAUGCAGCUACAAAUACCAGUGAGGACAAUCAGAGAUCUAUGAAAUGGAUUCGGAAACCUCUCCGCUGGUGCAAAGAGCAUGAAGAGUGGUCCUUCUACGUGUUGUCGCCCAACAACAGGUUCCGCAUCUUUUGCCAGCGUGUGAUUUCUUACAAGAUGUUCGACUACACAGUUAUGUUCUUCAUUCUCCUGAACGGUGUCACCAUUGCUGUGGAGAGGCCUGGAAUACACCCUGAAAGCAAGGAGCAUUGGUACUUGAACGCAUCCAGUUACGUAUUCUUUGCGGUCUUCCUGGUCGAGAUGCUUUUGAAGAUUCUGGCUCUGGGUUUGCUGUUCGGCAGAAAGAGCUACUGCCGGUCCCCCUGGAACGUGUUGGACGGCUCGCUGGUGGUUCUCUCUUUAGCCGACAUCUUUGUCUCUCUGGUCAGUUUGGCCCAACACAAAAUGCUGGGCAUCAUCAAAGUGUUGCGCAUGCUCCGCACAUUCCGCCCACUAAGGGUCGUCAAGCGAGCCCCAAAACUGAAGCUGGCUGUGGAGGCUCUGAUCAAAUCGGUCAAGCCCAUCGGUAACAUCUUCCUCAUCUGCUGCGCCUUCCUCUUUUUCUAUGCAAUCCUUGGGGUGCAGUUGUUCAAGGGGAAGUUCUACAGCUGUAGAGGGGAGUACGUAGAUCACAUCACCAACAAGACGGAGUGUCUGUCGGCCAACUACCGCUGGGAGCGGAAGUUCUUCAACUUUGACAGCCUGCCGCAGGCUCUGAUGUCGCUGUUCAUAAUGUACUCCAAGGAUGGCUGGGUGACCAUCAUGUAUGAUGGAGUGGACGCUGUGGAAGUGGACAUAGAGCCUGUAAUGAACUACAAUGAAUGGAUUCUUAUUUUCUUCAUCACCUUCAUGAUUGUGAGCUUCUUUCUGCUCGACAUGUUUAUCGGCGUGAUGGUGGACACCUUCUUCCAGUGUCAGCAGGAUCAAAAGAGGCGAGACGAAGCAGAACGAAGACUAUUGCACAACCCAGACGUUGAAGACGUUGAAUCCUUUGUAGACGUUGAAUCCGUUGUAGACGUUGAAGAAGUUGUAGACGUUGAAGACGUGGAGACGACCUACUGGACAUCCUACUCACGCACGCGUCUGUGGGUCCACACCCUGUGCACCAACAAAUUCCUGGACCUCGUCAUGGGUGUCGUAAUCUUCAUCAGCGUCUUGAUAAUGGCUGUCGAACACUACGGCCAACCUCCGUACGUCACGCUGUUGAUUGACUAUUCCCACGACGUGUUUACCAUCAUCCUUAUAAUUGAAGUCCUGCUCAAGCUUGUGGCGUUUGGCGUGAGGAGGUUCAUAAAAAACAGUUGGAAUGUGAUGGACAUCGUUGUCAUCUUGGUGUCCGUCUUAAGCAUCAUCUUAAACAAGAUCGAUAUGGCGGACACCAUCCCCAUUAAUCCCAGCAUCCUGAGCGUCUGCCGGGUGCUCAGACUGGCACAAGUGCUGAAGGCCAAAAAGAUCCGUGUUCUGCUCAAAACAAUCAUCAAAACGCUGUCACAGGUUGGGAACAUAUGUCUCCUCUUCGUAUUCUUCUUUUACAUCUACGCCGCGUUGGGAGUGGAGCUCUUCGGCAGACUCGAAUGCGUCGACAAGGAAUUGUGCCAUGGCAUAAACGACCACAUCAACUUCAAGCACUUUGGCAUGGCCCUGCUCGCGCUCUUCCAAGUGUGCACCGGGGACGACUGGAGCGUCAUCAUGAAGGAAACCAUGACACCGUGUCGCCCUGGAGACGAGCAAUGCUCGAACUACCUCGUGUUGGUCGCCCCGAUCUACUUCAUCAGCUUCGUGGUCAUGGUCCAGUUCGUGCUGGUCAACCUGGUGGUGGCCGUGAUCAUGCAGGCUAUGGAGGACAGCAAGCUGGAAGAACAAUUGGCAAGAGAACAAUUGGCAAGAGAAAAUCUGGCCUUGUCUCCAGUCGAGAAUGUGAUCCAGUCAGACGAGCUGCCGCCGGACCAAGAGUGAAUUACAUGUUGUUUUUCUUUCAAAUAAA